AUGGCCGCUGCUGCACCACCAAAGUCUAACUGGGCCGACGAUGUUGAGGACGACAACGCUCUCCCCGCCCCCGAGAUCACCAUCUCCGAGGAUGGCAAGACCAAGACCAUUGUCGAAUACAAAAUCAACGAAGCCGGCAAGAAGGUCAAGAUUACCCGCCGCAUCAAGACCACCCUCGUCAAGGAACACGUGAACGCCGCCGUCGCAGAUCGCAAGUCAUGGACAAAAUUCGGUGCAGAGAAGGGCAAGAAGGCUGGACCUGACCAUUCUACCACCACUGUUGGAGAGAACAUCUACUUGAAGUUGUCUGUUGGCUCUAAGGUUAAGCAGGUACUGGAGGAUGACGAGAAGGAUUCUGAGCAGCAGUUGAAGGAGCAGUUGAAGGACAAGACCGUCGCGUGUCGUAUCUGUAAGGGAAACCACUUUACUGCUCGUUGUCCUUACAAGGACACUCUUGGUUCUUUGGACGAGGCUGGACCUUCUGGUGCUGGUACGCCUGGAGAGCCUGAGCAGCCUGCUGCCAAUGCUCGUGGUACUUACGUUCCCGUUCACCUCCGCGCUGGUGCACGUACUACUGGAGAGACUAUGCGCGGUCCUGGCCGUGGAGACCAGGAUGAGCUCGCUACUUUGCGUAUCACUUCGCUGUCUGAGGAAGCUACCGAAGACGACCUCAGAGAAAUCUUCAAGCGUUUCAACGGUAUUUCCAGGGUGUUCGUUGCAAGAGACAGGGAGACUGGUCAAGGAAAGGGGUUUGCGUUCGUUUCGUUCUACGAGAGGGAUGAGGCUCAGAGAGCGAUGGAGAAGAUUAACGGUAUGCCAUAUGAUCACCAGAUCUUGAAGGUGGAGUUUGCGCAACCUAAGAAAUAA